CUGCCGCGUGCGGGGCCGUCGGCGCGGGGGGCAGCGCCGUCCCGCUCCGCUCCCUUCACCUCACGGCGGCUCCGCCGCCCGACCGCCCCGCCGUAAGUCGACGGGGGGCAGCGCCCGCUCAUCCGCGGCGGCGAGAAGCCGCGCUCCGCGCAGACGGGCGGUCCGCGCCGCCCCCGCAACGGAACCGCCGGCCGCAGCUUCCACUCUCUCCGCGGCGGGGGCCCGUCUGCAGCCCGCCGGCCUCGGACGGGGCCGUGCCGGGAUGGAGACCUAGAGGGGGAGCCGCCGAGGAGCUGUCACAGAAAGUGAAAGAUGAAGCCUCUUGUUCUCUUGGUUCUUGUGAUCUGUACUGUAGUCAGCAUGAAUUUGAAGCUCGUGUCAAAGAGAAAUUCUGUUGAUGGUUGCAUUGACUGGUCAGUGGAUCUCAAGACAUACAUGGCUUUGGCAGGUGAACCAGUCCGAGUGAAAUGUGCCCUUUUCUACAGCUAUAUCAGAACUAAUUAUAGCAUGGCCCAAAGCACAGGUCUUAGGCUUAUGUGGUACAAAAACAAAGGAGAUUUAGAAGAACCCAUUAUAUUUUCUGAAGUUAGGAUGAGCAAGGAUGAAGAUUCAAUAUGGUUUCACUCGGUUGAGUCGCAAGACAGUGGUUUCUACACAUGUGUUCUAAGAAAUUCAACGUAUUGCAUGAAGGUGUCCAUGUCCUUGACAGUAGCUGAGAAUGAAUCUGGGCUUUGCUACAACAGCAAGAUCAGAUAUCUGGAAAAAUCAGAAGUGACUAAGAGAAAGACAAUCUCCUGUCCUGAUAUUGAGGAUUACAAAACAGCCGGUCAAGAGCCAGAUGUGGUGUGGUACAAGGAAUGUAAGCCAAAAAUGUGGAGAAGCAUUGUAAUUCAGAAGGGAAAUACUCUCUUAAUACAAGAGGUCCAGGAAGAAGAUGGAGGAAAUUAUACCUGUGAACUGAAGUUUGAAGGCAAGCUUAUACGAAGAACAGUUGAAUUGAAGGUUACUGCUUUGCUCACAGACAAACCUCCAAAGCCAUUGUUCCCCAUGGAGAACCAGCCAACUGUUAUAGAUGUCCAGCUGGGAAACCCGUUGACUGUGGCCUGCAAAGCUUUCUUUGGAUUCAGUGGAGAAUCAGGCCCCAUGAUCUAUUGGAUGAAAGGGGAAAAAUUCAUAGAAGAACUAGAAGGUCACAUCAGAGAAGGCGAAGUCAGACUCCUCAGAGAACAUCUUGGAGAAAAAGAAGUUGAAUUGAUGUUGAUCUUUGAUGCUGUAGAAGAGGCAGACCUGGCUAACUACACGUGUCAUGUGGAAAACAGAAACGGACGGAAACAUGCCAGUGUUCUUCUGCGCAAGAAAGAUUUGAUCUACAAAAUAGAGCUUGCUGGAGGACUGGGAGCCAUCCUUCUUCUUCUUAUUUUGCUCGUGACCAUCUAUAAGUGCUACAACAUAGAGUUAAUGCUGUUCUACAGACAGAACUUUGGAGGAGACGAAGCAGCUGAUGACAACAAGGAAUAUGAUGCGUAUCUUUCAUACACCAAAGUGGAUCCUGAUGCGUUAGAUUGUGAUAAUAAUGAAGAGGAGCAGUUUGCACUUGAAAUUUUGCCAGAUGUUCUAGAAAAGCACUAUGGAUAUAAGCUCUUCAUUCCAGAUAGGGACCUGAUCCCUAGUGGAACCUACAUUGAAGAUCUCACAAGAUGUGUUGAACAAAGCAGAAGACUCAUUAUCGUGUUAACUCCAGACUAUGUUCUCAGGAGAGGAUGGAGUAUUUUUGAGAUGGAAAACAGACUCCAUAACAUGCUAGUCAGUGGAGAAAUCAAAGUUAUUUUGAUUGAGUGUACUGAAUUAAAAGGGAAAGUGAAUUAUCACGAAGUGGAAUCUUUAAAGCACACCAUCAAACUUCUCUCAGUGGUCAAGUGGAAAGGACCAAAAAGCAGCAAACUGAAUUCUAAGUUUUGGAAGCGCCUAGUCUUUGAAAUGCCAGGGAAGAAAAAGGAGGUGGUGUCUCGGCAUCAGGUCCUGGAUUCUGCAGAGCAGGGCCUUUUUGGAGACCUCCAGACUGUACCCUCUCUUGCCGUCACAGGCACUUCUGCCACGUUGGUAGAAUCGCGGGCUGAUUUAACUGAUUACCAUCAAGCAGACUCUGUGCAAAUGAGACAUUAUUGCAGAGGAUAUGAAUAUGAUGUGUCAGCAGCAACAUUGCCAAUAGCUUCCAUAAGCAACCAUCACACAUACUGUAACAUACCUUUGACACUACUAAAUGGACAGCUACCUCUUAACAAUACCAUGAAGGAUCCCCAAGAGUUUCACAGGAACAACCCAUUGCUACCUUUAUCAGCAAAGGAGCUUAGCUUCACCAGUGAUAUUUGGUAGUGAAGAUCAGGACUCUUUUGAGAUGCUUCAUGACCGCCAUGAAGACACGUUUUUAAAGAACUUUGCCCUAACCCCAUGGGGUGAGAAAACAUAUUCGAAGCAGCAGCACACUUGUUGGCUUUUCUACUUGAACUUUUUUGUUUACAUUUACAAAUUACUGACGAAGGGGGCAUUCUUUUGUAACUCAGCAAUGUCCUUCCUGUCUUUUAAUGUACAGUUUUAUUGCUUCUUUAAAAAGGAGGGGGGAAUAGAAAAAACACAUCCCAUCAUUUUAC